AUGGCUGCCACUCUCGUCAAACUCACAGCCAUCCUUCUUACCCUUACUCUCCCUCUAUCAUUACUAGCCUCCCCCUCUCCAAUGGCCUCUUUGAUCGCCGAUGAUGCCGAAGACUUUGAAGAGUACGUAAUCGAUACCCCGUUUAUCAACACCGGAUCCUUGAGGGGUCGGUUUCUAGCAAGUGUUGUAAAGAAAGGUACACAUUGUGGUGUUAGUAGCAACAUAUGCAAUGGAAUUUCAGCAAAUAAUGGUGCUAGCCGCCUUUUUUGUUGUAAGAACCAUUGUCGGAAUGUCUUUCAAGACAAGAACAACUGUGGGAUAUGCGGACACAAAUGUGGUUUUGGACAACUUUGUUGUGAGGGUAAAUGCACCAAUGUCGGUUUCAAUGAUCUUCAUUGUGGCAAGUGCAACAAAGCAUGCGAUUCGGGGGUUAAAUGUGAGAAGGGUUCGUGCGGAUAUGCUUCAUGA